AAUUGUCCCAUCAUGGAGGGUGGUGAUUGUCUGAUUGAUUGAUUGAAAAAAAAAAAAUGAAACCCUGCCCGGCUUUUUCGCCUCCCCGAUCGCGCAUUCUUGCCCGCCCGGUACCUUGGGCCCGGAUGGCAUCAUUGGCUGCUUAUCUCCCUAUCAUAUUCUCUCCUUUGGCCUCAUGGAUGGAAGAAAAGGACAAUCAAUAUCAAUGAAUACUACCAUCGUAGUAGAACAACCAUGGAUUGUUUGUGGUUUCCACAUAGAUAAGACGGACCCAUGUUAUAGAAUAGAAGGGAAAGCACCUAAUCUGUCCACAGUACAUGUGGCUAAAGGUGGAGGCCAGGUGAUCUUCAAGGCUGCAUGUCCGGAGUAUUCCAGUCCACUUUGUCUCUGUCGGUAUGUGUGUAACGAUGUAUGUGCUACUUUAGUAGGAUGUACGUGCUCACUAGGAAUGCCCAGGAUCAAGGCAUACGUGCAUCCUUCCGGUCUUUCCCUUGAUGUCGCCAUACAAAUUGAUGACCUCCUUUAUUAUACAUUAAGUAAUUUAAUUUUUAUUCUGGUUCAUUGCUUUCUUGCCCACUCCGCCAUUCCCUCAUAUCUACAAACUUGAUGAGACAGACCCGUUCCCCUACGUAGUAGCCUCUGGUGAUCCCUUUCCGGAGGAUCUCUUUCUUAUCAGGAGAUGAUUAGUUGACUUGAUCUGUUCCAUGGAAGCACUUAUCUCACCGAUAAGCCAAGUUUGGUCCUGAAGCCGUCCGCGGCCGAACAUGUUCAGCAGUGAAAAGUAGGUAGGACUAAUUAGUGAGUCUAGGUACCUCCGACCGUGCGGUUUUACGUAUGGGUAAUCAUGGUCCCCACCCCCAGCUUUCUCUCUUCUCACACCCACUCUCUUCCUCUCUCUCUCCUCGUCCAAUUCCUCUGGUUUCUUAUCCCUCUCUGUUUCUUCUACCUUACGGGUUGUUUCCAGCCUUUCAGGCCCUCCCGUAGCGCCAGUCUAAAAAGUCGCCACCGCCCAACCAACGGGACCGGAAGUGGUUUUUCACUAAGGAGGCCUGGACGGUCUAGAGGCAGAAAUGUUG